AAAUAUGUGUAGUGAUUUUUCUUUUACAUUUUCCCGCGGAUUUUGUUGAGAAAGAAAGCAAUGGUAUUUUACAUGCGGUAUUUGCAUCUACUUCAUAAUAGAAAAUCGAAUUUAUAUAUUUCCUAUCUUUUUUUUUAAUAUCACAUAGAUGCAUUAAUCAGUGCCUUACUAUUCAAAUAUAAUAAUUUUAUAGAUUAUAAUAGUGCAAUUACAAGUUUUUAAUUAGGUUAUAUCGCUCCAUUGACAGAUUUAUUUUGCUGAUAUUGUCAAGCGUACUAUGCAUUAAUAAAUAAAUUAUAUUGCGCAAUUGAAGUGAAGAGUUAAAGAAACGUUUAAGUAAUGGAUAUGAAAGAUGAUUGUGUUAUCGAAGAGGUCACCCCUUCGAAAUCCAAAAAGUUGAAACAAGCACGUUUAACAUUUCAACUGUCUUGUUCUUCUAAAUCUCUAUCGGAUAAUGUUUCUUCAAAAAAGAGAAAAUUAGAAUCUCCAGAGGAAUGUAAAAUUCCUAAAAUGGUAAAGGUAACAACUAAGGAAAAUUCAAUAAAAGAUUCUGAAAUAGACGAUAAGGUAUUAAAUGAAAGUACGACAUCAUGUAGUAGUAAAACUGAUAUAGAAUUAAUAGAACUUACGGAUGAAGAAGAAAGGACUCAAGAAAAAUCUAUGCAUCACAACGAAGGUAUAAAUAAUAGUGUGAAAUCUAAAAGAUUUAUGAAAACGAAAAAGAAAGAAUCUUGUUCGCCAAAUGCACCAUUAACAAAAUUCCUUACAAAGAGAAAUAAAAAACAUGAUAAAGAUAUAAGUAUAGAUGACAAUAUAAAAGAAAAUGCAGAACAGUGUGAUAUUUCUCCCAUUCAAAAUUCACAUGAGAACUCCGAUAAAGAUUUUAAUGUAGCUGAUGAUGAUAUAUUAGAAGUUAAAAUAGAUGAUUCUGAAACAUCUCACAAUACUGAUAUUCAGCAAAAUGAUAAAUUAUCAUGUGCUGAUUCUAAUUCUGAAAUGGAUGUUUCUUCAGAAAAUGAAGAUAAUAAUAUGAAAGAAUCAGAGAAUAAGGAAUCCAUAAGUCUCGAUAUCAAAGGUUUAAAAACACCAACAAAAACAACAGAAAAUACAGAGGUUAUGAAAAAUAAAAGAGUUACUCCGAAGCUAUUGCACAAAGGAGAAAGUGCUAAAAAACGUCUAGAAAAGGAAAAAUUAAGAAUGGAAAAAGAAAGAAGACGCGAGGAAGAACGGGAGAAUCGACGGAAGGAAAAGGAAGAAAGACGGAAAGAGAGAGAAGAAAAGGAAAAAGCUGAACGUGAACAGAAAAAAAAAGAAAGAGAACAAAAAGAACUUAAAAAACAAAUGGAAAUGGAACAAAAACAGAAAGAAAGAGAAGCAAAAGAGCAAGAACGUCGUAAAAGAGAAGAAGCUAAAGAAGAAGAGAGGAAAAGGAAAGAAGAAGAGAAAUUAGAAUCCGAACGUAAAAAGCAAAAGGCAGCUUCAAAUUUUGCGAGCUUUUUUGUUCCGAAAAAGUUGGAAAUCAAAAGUACAGAGGAGGAGAAUAAUACGAACGUACAAACUUUCAUGCCUUUCGAGGUUAAAGCAGAUAUGAGGAUUGCACCAAUUUCUAGAAGAAGUUUAAAUAAAAAAGAAAUGUUAUCGUUAGACGAUAAGUUUAAUAGCGGUAGAGCAAAAAACAGUGACUUGUAUCUCGCAGUAAUGAAAGCUAAAAAAAUCAUUACGCAUAAAUCUGGAAAAACUUGGCCACUCGAAGCAAAAGAAGAUAUAGUCAUAUUAGAUGAAGAAGAGAAUGGUAGUAAAUCGAGUAUAAUCUUCCAACCUAAAGUUGUCGUGGACAAAAAUCGGCCAAAAUUAUUACAAUUUCAUGAAAAUCGUCGACCACCAUAUUGGGGAACUUGGAGAAAACAAAGCAAUAAUAUAAAUCCUCGUCGACCAUUUUCGAAAGACUCGAAAUGGUUCGAUUACGAGGUCGAUUCCGAUGAGGAAUGGGAAGAAGAAGAGCCUGGAGAGUCUCUACAUGGUUCCGAAGAUGAGAAAGAUGAGGAAAAUCCGGACGAUAAUGAAUACGAUGUUGACAAUGAGUUCAUGGUCCCACACGGAUAUUUGUCCGACGAGGAAGCUCGAACUGACGAAGAGGAAGACGAAAGUAUGACACCGGAAACUCAGAAGUUCAAGUUGAAACUGUUGGGUGAAGAAUUCGAGGCCGAAAGAAGGACAAAAAUGUCCAAAUUAAAACCGAAAAUAAUCGGUUGCGUUUGGCUUGGUCCAGAUAAUACGUAUCCUGAAAAUACUCCUAAGAGAGUCGUAGAAUUUUUGACAGCACGACAUGCUUGGGUCUCUCAAAUACCUGUCGUACUUCCGUCUACUAUGAAAGAAAAUACCGACGCCGAUAGCGGCACACCAUCGCGAACACAAACCAGUGGAUAUACGAGGAAAACAAAAGUACCGGCAGAAGCGUUGGCCGACUUGAUUCGUUUGAUUCAUGGAAAUAUCCAUGGUAAAAACUUCUUAGUAAAGGAGUUCCUUACGUUUUGGAAUAAGAAAAAUGUAGGUAUAGACAAUCAGAUUUCAAAAGCUAGCUUAGGAAAGAAAAUCGGCGAAAUAGGAAAGUGGAUAUCCUGUCCUGAUGAAGGACAAAUGCAUUUAAAGGCAUGUUGGUACGUUUCUGAGGAAAUCAGAAAGAAAUAUUUAAACGAAGAACUAACCCUACCGAAUCGUUGGACAUAUAAUUUGACACCUAAACGUAAAAGUGAGAUCCCCGAUAGUAAUGAUAAGGUAGAAAAAUUGGAAAAAGACAAUGACAAGGAUAAGAAGAAGGUACCUCUUAUAACUCAAUUUACAAAGAAAAUAACUCAGGAGGAAAUGAAACGUCAACUUUCAACCAAUCCAAAACAAAUUAUAAAACCUACACCAAUAUUGCAAAGACCGCCGAAACGAGCAGUGUUAAUUUCGAUUCCUAAGAAUGAUAAAAAGGAGAUACCCUUGCUAAAUAUUAAAGAAUGCGAAAGUAAGAAAUUGAGUGAUAGCAAGGAGAAAUGAUACAUAUGUACAUAAACCGGGUGAGCUAUUCCUACGUCUAUGCAUUACACGUGCAAAAAAAUGUAUUAAGUCAAGUAAUAUUCGUAUACAUUGUAAAAAAAAAAAAGCAAGAGAGAAGAUCGCCAUGUAAUAUAGUAGACUGAAUACGCAAUUUUUUUUUAUCGCACUAAUAAUUCGAAAUGAUAUCGUUCGAAAGUUCAUAUUUCAUAGACACAUUCGCGUUAUCCAUUAUAUAUAGGAAUUAUCUAUUAAUAUCACGAUUUUAUCUAUCGUUAACAUAUAAUGUCUAUUUUUUAAUAAAUGUUUAUCUAUCACCGCGGUUACAGAAAAGCAUAAAUUCGUAUUUAGAUUGGUGUUUCUAUCAAUGAGAGACUAUCAUUGAUAUAGAAGAGAUUAUAUUUUUCGAUACAAAUAUAUUUAUUCGAUAGAAGCCUUUUUCAAAGAGUAAAGAUUUUAAACAAAAUUUUGUGAUAUCUUAUUAUCGACUUGAGAAUAAUCAUGAUGUCAAUAAAGAAAGAAACACAAAAGAAUGAUUACUAUUUUGUCACAUUAGUACAUGUUCCAGUAAUGAUAUUUUAUUCUUAUAUAUCUUAAGUACGUUGUUAACUUAAAAAAAAUAAUAAUAAUAAUAAUAAUAAUAAUAAUAAUAAUA